CACUGAGGCCUGAGGGUGCCGGCCCCGGUCAAUCGACUGCAUUUCCAUGUCCGCGACAGCACAUACUCAGUAUUAAAUUUUGUACAUCUCCCCGGCCGGCCGGCCAAAAAGAACAUUUUUUAGAAGUCUUUACCAUUUUUACUGCACUUCGUUGUGUGUAGCGUUACGUGGGUGCAUGAUCUGAACCGGCGUUACGUAAGGAGGUUUCUGACCGGUACCUGUACGAGCUCAACGACCUGUGUCGGCGUGCUGCUGCUACCUUUCUAGCUGAAGUCGUGCAACGCAGGUGUUUCGCCUACUGGACUGUCUCAGGAGACAUGGAAACUAAAGAUGAAAAGGUUAUAUGGAAGUUGUUGCCAUUCAUGGCAUCGGUCGGUCUCUACGGGUUCUCCGACUUGCCACUAGAGAUCUUUCCGGAGACGAAACUGGCUCAUCUGGUUCUAAAGUGCAUACCUGUACUUUGCCUGCUGGUGAUGCUACUGUUGCAUCCGACACGUACCUCCAGCUACAGCUUGUUACUACAGGCAGGCUUGUUGUCCUCGGUGGUCGGUGAUGCUUGCCUGGUCUACGAGCACCUGUUCUUUCCCGGCGUGGGCGCGUUCGGACUCGCGCACAUCCUCUACGUGGUGGCGUUCGGUAUGAGUCCGCCGGCCUGGCCGAUUGGCGGCGUGACGUCCGUGUUUGCUCUCUCUGUGUUCUACACGGUGGCGUUGCCCAUUGCCAAGGGCCCGUUUGUGAUCGUGUUCCUUCUCUACACGAUCGUGAUCGGGAUGAUGUUCUGGAGAGCCGCGGCGCUCUGCACUGCCGAGCAGCCCCACUGGACAAACUGGACGGCCGCGGCCGGUGCAGCCGCAUUUAUCUUCUCCGACGUCCUGCUGCUGGUCAAUAAGUUCCACUUCACACUGCCGGCGGCGCAGCUCAUCAUCCUGGGCCUGUACUGGGCCGCGCAGGCAGGCAUUGCCAUCUCGGUCUUCAGCUUGCCCAGUAGUCAGGAGGUCAGCAGAAAGACACAGUAGGUACUCGGGUGUGCUGACUAUGCAUUGGCAGCAAUACACAGCGGGCAGCUGUCAGCAAAUCUGUGUUCCGUUGUGAAAUUCCCUUUUACCUUUUUGAAGAUCAUUUAUAUUUACUCAAGAAAACCAAUACUCUAUUCUAUUCUAUUUUCCAAAUUACUGAUUUUGAUAGUGACUAUGGGUAUCUUUUUUGGAUUUUGAUUCCCUCGUCUUCUAUAAUACAUCGGGACCUUGACAUGGCCUUACCAGUAAAACAAACCUUUGCUUGAA